AUGCCUCCGAGAGCAAAGCCAGUUAAGCCUACUAACAAGAUGGAUCCUGCUGUUGCUGCUGCUGCUGCGCUUAAGACGCCGAUCGCGGGUCCUUCCGCGCGUCCGCUAUCGGCUACUGCUGUUCCAUCAAAGUCGGCAAGUAGUCUGUUUUCUGAAGAGGAUUCGGGGUCAUUGGGAUUGUCCGCCAAGCUGGCGGCUAUCCGGAUUGAGCAAGAUGCUGGAAGGAAGGCUGACAAUGGCAAAGGGAAAGAGGCGAUUUUCAAGGAUGUGGUUUCUGAUGUGGAAGGGAAAAUCACCGCUGAGGAUGACGAAGGAGAUUCGUCUGGUGGUGUUUGCCGUCACAUCCUGCCGAACGGGAAGAAGUCGUUGGGAUGGCAGGUGGCGGCGAUGACGUCUGAUGUUGUGGGAUUUUGGAAGGUGGAGGCAGCGGUGCAGGAAGGUCUUGCCUGCCGAGCAUGUGACUGUUUUGGUGAACCCCUGGUGGGGUGCGCGGAGACGUCUGCGAUUCUGGACCUGGAUAAGGUGGAGCCGUUGAUGGUGUGGAACGGAAGAGUGUUUGGAGUGGGUGGUCUGCCCGAGGUACGGCUGCGAUGCUCGGAGCUGUGCGCGGAGGAUCGGAUCCCUCCUUUCAAGCAAUUGAGAAUGCUCUUUGGCGUGCAACAGGGGGUGAUGCUGCAGCAAGUGAAGUGGACGGAGGAGUGGGGGAAAGCUAUUGAUUGGAGGAGAUUUAUCAGGGUGCGGGACUCUGUGGUGCUUUCGAACCGGGCCCAGAAUGUCCUGCUCCGUCUGCAUUUUCGUAACCUUCAGGUUGGGGUGAGGCUAAGGUUCCUCAAGGGGGUGGCAUGCCCGCACCGUGGAGGGGAAGAGACAGCAUAA